AUGCUCAAGAUUAUCAAGAAUGGCAACGUUGAGUUGUUCAAGACCUACCUCAGCUUGAAUGGCACAUCACGAUCACUCUCAUCCGCCCUCGUUCACUUUGUACCAGCGAUCGACACUGGCAACGUUGACUUUGUGCGCCUGCUACUCAAACACAACUUUUGCCGCACUGAAGGCUCGGAUGGAGGGGCAUUCACUCGACCAGGCAGCAUCAGUGUCGACAUGCUCAAGAUGUUGCACGAGGAGUUCGACAUGCUCUACGUCGAUGUUCUGUAUCCCAACAUAAUGUACAUGAUACUCUUCCACUGCGUCCGCUCCAACACGCCAGACAGUGUCCAAUACUUUGUCGAGCACCUGCCAACUGUCAACCGAUUUUCAUUGAAGUUAGCGCUGCGCAAGGCUGUGAAGCUUGUUGGCAAACAUGGCAAUGUGGAGAUAUUCAAAUCACUUUGCAACACAUACAUUGGGGCAGGUCCACUCAUCGGCAAAGACCACGUCCAUAAAUUGUUGAAGGAUUCUUUGGAUCAUGGCCACACAGAUCUAAUCAAACAUAUCUACUCACUUACGAUGGGUGAUGACAAGACCAAGGACAUGAUCAUUGGAUACUUUGAUGGGCUUACCAAAGCAGGCAAGACUAUCCCAGACUCAGCCAAGCUACGGGUCACUCCUUCGGCAACCAUUCACAAGGAAGACUUUGAUAUGAUUGAGUCACUCCUUCCACAGGUUGUAACGAUUGAUGAUGAUACAUGGCGACGAAUGUCCCCUCGAAUGGCAACGUUCAUCACACAUCCACGGCAUAAGCAACUCCCACUGUUCUCACAAAGUAACUUGGAGUACUUGUUGGACUCGAUUGCUCAUCCAGAAUGUCAGAUCAUAGAGGAAAUCGUAUUAAGAUUCAUUGAUAACUUUCCAAAUAGUACUUCAAAUGCCAUAGUACUGUUUGGUAGACAACAGCAACUCACUACUGCAAUGGACUUCUCGAGUUUGGUCGCACAGAAGCUACACAAGACAUUCAAUCUCCCAUUUGACCAGCAUUGUUUGGUCAAAGCACUGGAUAGUCGCAACCACAACAUGUUGUCAUUCAUCUUUGAUCGUACCCCAGCCGAUCAUCUUGUUCAGUGGUCAUCAGAUACUGAUGUGAAGGAUGCUUUGAAGCAAUUGAUAUUAACCUCAUCAUUAGACAUUGUGGUAUUGGUGUUGGACAAGCUACCAUCGGCCAUCACCAGCAAGCAAGUACUUGGACAUGCAUUGGCAAACAGCAGUCUAGGUGUUGCUCAACAUGUCAUCAACAUGUACACAAUGUCCGAUAUUGAGAACAAUGCUCAUCAGAUGAGUUUGAUGGCCUGUAUGCAUGACAAUCAAAGUGGAUUGGAUAUCCUUGUACAAUAUUUCAAAGAUGCAGGCAAGACACUACCAUUGUUUACGCUCCACCAUCUUGAGACUGCGUCAAACUACAAUUGCUAUCAUAUACUUGAGAAUCACUUUGGGUCACCAGAGUUCAACAGUUUGCCAAAGAUCCAACGACUACGUAUCCUCAACAUCAUCAUGUAUCGAUCACUCUCAAGAGGACACACACGAAUCAUCAGACAUUGUCAAUCACUCAUUAAUCUCAUUCAAUCAAACAAGAAGAGAGAUAGAGAUGAUACAGUAUGUGAUGAUGUACCCAUGGCCGUACAUGCAUCCUUACACUUGGAAUCAUUGGUUCACAAGGUGUUCAAUAACAACAAGUUGUGCAAGACUAUUAUGGAUAAUAUUUCAGGCAUUCACAAGUCACUUGGUAGCACUCAUUGUAUGAAGGGUGCAGAGUUGCUAUCAAAACACAGUCUGGAGGAAUACAUCAAACAUGGUGCAUCACAAUGGUUCAAAGAGUCGUACAACAUGUCAUACAACAACAUGCCUCUUCCAAAUGUUCACCUUCUCGAGUUGGCAAUGCUACAUCCCAACAAAUCCAUCUUGGACACUUUGUUGACCAAUCCCAUGUUAGCUCCGCACCAUGAAGCCGAGGAUUUCCUCAACCAUCUAAUAACGAAUCAAUCAUCAUGCGAUCAUCAUGAUUGGGAGCGGGCGUUGGACCAAUACUUUGUGAUCACUUCACAGAUACCAAGCAAUGUUGAGAUCAAAGGUCCUGCGCUCUCUUUUAUCAAACAUCCAGCAUUCCUUCGCAAGCUCAUAAGCAUGGGUUUCAAAGUCGAACAGCUGAAAGACUCCAUGCGCCACAUGGUCUCGUCAUGGCUCACCGAGCCAUGGGCAUUGGAGAUGUUCAAACUUAUGAGAGAGCAUUCAUUGUUCUCCCUCGAGUUAUUGUCCAACAUCCUUGUACAGUCAGUCCGACUUAAUAUCAUCGUGAUUGUUAGGUAUUGUCUGGCCGAGUUGGGCUUGGUCCACAUCUUUGGAACGGACGAUAUUGUCAAUAUCCAACACAGGCUACUCAGUUGUUGGUCACACCAUGGACGACCUGACCAAGUUGAGAUGAGGGACUUGAUCCUCACUCACACUUUCCCUUCCCCCGAUUCAAUCACCAUCCAGCUUCAACAAGAGUUGCUACUCCAGGCAAUAAGUGGAGGCAACUUGACCAUGUGCAACAAAAUGAUCAGCAUCAAUGAUGCCACCCCACGAGGCUACUACUUCCAUCUCAGUGAGGCGCUCCAACACAACACAAACGUGGACUUGGUCAACUUCAUUCUCAACAUUGAGCCACAACCAGAGGAUACCAAACAAUUCAAAGUGAAUUGCAUCAACUCGGAGAUAUUGUCGAUUGAGUUGAUCAAUCGAUUGGAGGAACAUCCAUCAAUUCUUUGCAGCUUUGAGAUGGUUCUGUCGGAGGCUAUCAAGGCUGGCAAGAAGGAUGUCAUUUUGAACGACGUGGAUGGGAAGUACUCAACUGACUUCAUGCUCGCAUUUAAAACAGCUUUGACAUGUGGCGACAUUGAUACGGCCAAGGCAAUCCUCAAGCGAGUGCCCAAACCAAUCAACUCCACGACCAUGUCCAGAUCUGAUCAAAGACUAUGUUUUAACAAACUAGUUCAGAUGAUCAUAUCAUCCAAAGAACCAUCCACGUCCAACAAGAUCACUGGUCCAGACAUUAUUGAGCUGAUCGUAGGCCUUAACGAUGUUUAUGCGCUUGUGAUGUCGGUCUUCAACAGGAUCAUCUUUGCUGCGUCCUUCGUCUCAUUCGAUCUUCUCAAACAUGUACUCGACCACUGUGUGGCGAGAGCCGACACACAAUCAAUUGGAUACCUCAUGGAUCUGUCGACCCGAAGCGGUGCUUCAACACCGAAGCCCAGAGACCAACUCAUACCCCUUAGGAUAGGCAAUCGAGAAACGUUGGCAUUCAUCUUGGACAAGGGAUACCUCUUAUUGGAAGACCAAAGUUCAUAUAAAUUGGAGAACAUUGUGGAGGCUGCGUGUGGUGAUGGACUAGUCGAAGUGGUUCGAUUGGUACAUCAACGAUGUACCACGCCUGAACUACUCAAGAGGUACCUGCCAACACUGAACUCACUCAAAGAGGCAUCCAGUAAGAACCAUCAUCAGAUGAUAGGUUAUAUGUUUGAGGACAUUGUGUGUGAUGGAGGCCAGGUCCACAAAUCACCCGUCCAUCGAGCCUCCAUACGUCCAUCACACAUCGCUCGGCUCUUGGAUGUCAUCGGGCAAGCAGCAUUCGAGAAUGGAAACAUCAAGAUAAUUGAGUUGGUACAGAGAGUCUCCAAGACUUUAGUCGUAUGA